GGAGUGGGCGGGAUCAGGCGGAGUGUGGCGCUGAGCGGUAGUGAGUGUGGGGCCGGUGACCGGUAUCUGAGCCGCUGCAGGACUCGCGUUAGGUCGGUUCCCCCGGGCGGAGAUGAUGUUCCUCGGCGGGCUCUCCGUGGCGCUGGCGCUCGCCCUGGUACCGGGCAGCAGCGAGGGGCUGAAGGAGGGAGAGUGCGAGGUGUGUGUGAGCUUUCUGGGAAAGUUCUAUCAGUCACUCAAAGACAACGAUGUCAAGUUCACCAGCGACGACAUCGAAAAAGCUUUAAUGAAAACCUGCAAAGAAGCGAAGGGGAAGGAGAACCGAUUCUGCUACUAUAUUGGAGCAACCAGUGACGCUGCCACAAAAAUCAUUAAUGAAGUAUCUAAGCCCCUGAGUUACCACGUGCCGGUGGAGAAGGUGUGUGAGAAGCUGAAGAAGAAGGACAGUCAGAUCUGUGAACUGAAAUACGAUAAGCAGGUGGACCUGAGCUCUGUGGAUCUGAAGAAGCUGAAGGUGAAGGACCUGAAGAAGAUUCUGGAUGAGUGGGGCGAGUCGUGUAAAGGCUGUGUGGAGAAAUCGGACUUUAUCCGGAAGAUCACCGAACUCAUGCCUAAGUACGCUCCUCACGCCGCCAAAGCACGGACAGACCUGUAAACACCCUCCUCGCCAUGGAAUUAUGGGAUAGAGGCUGUGGCUAAAGGCGCAGAGGGUGGGCGGAUUGAGCUGUGCGGCUGACUGACCACCUAACAGGGACCUGACCAUUUAUUUUUCUCUUUUUUGGUUGUAUUUGUUUUUUUUUUGUUUUUUUGUCAUAUUACCCUUUAAUCUAGUUGUGAACGUCUCGUCUGGGAGUGCAAACAUCUUCCCAUCUUUUUUUUCCAUUUCUCUUAUUUCCAUCUCUCCAUCCACCAUCUGUCACCGUUUAUCAUUUUUUAAGUGAGGCUGAGCUUCAGCCCAAAGCUCUCUUUAAUAUCAGUUUCUCCAAAAUAAACAAAACAAACACCACAUCUUUCACUGCUCCGUUUUGCCUUCAGUGUAAAAGUGACAAACACCAUUAAAAUUUGACUACAGUCCAAUAAAUUAAUGUGCAUUAUUGCUGUAGAUGCUUCAGAAGAUCUGGUUUUGCUCUUCUAUUGUUAUAUAUAUAUAUAUAUUUUUACAUUAGAUUUAAAUGCUGUUAAAAUAUAUAUGUAUUGGCAUUUUUCCACUGCAUGGUAUCUUCACUACUCUACAACUUUACUACCGUAUACUAUAUUUUUGCCUUUUGCAUUAAGCAAAUUUGGUGCAACUUGGAUGUGAUUUGUAAACCUUGCAGAUAGAUUCAUGAUUGGCCAGAAUAAAAUGAAGUCAAAUAGUCUACUUUGGUUUUGGUAGCGUCACAAAAAAAAAAAACACACAAUCUAUGCACUGGUUUGAAUCCCUGGCCAUCAGCAGCCAGAGUCUGAGCGAGAGCACAAUUGGCCAUGCUCUCUUUGGGUUGGAACAGAAGGUGGCACUCCCUCCCUUCAUCGCUCGAGUUUCCUUUAAUGCUACUCAGUAAUGCUACAUCAGCAGCAGUUCAAAUCACAUGUAUUGGAGGAGGCAUGUGCUAGCCUUUACCCUCCUGGUGUUGGGGCAUUGUUAGCAAUAGCAGGAGUGCAGCUGAGUGGGUGGGAUAUUCUGCAUAGCUAAAAUUUGGGAGAAAAAUGAGGCAGAAACACAAAUGCACAAGUAUAAAUGCUCACAAUAGCAUGAGCCACUUGUGUAGGCUAUAUUGUAGACUCUAAAUUGACCUGAUUUAGUAGUAUAAACCUUCCUGUGCUGUCUCUCUGCUCUGAAGAUGGCGUAGUGAUGAUGGUAUUGAGAAACAAACCAGUUACCAAAAAGUAGAGUCGGUAAAAUACUACGCAGUGGAAAACACCAAUAAGAUCCAACUAAAGCAAAAGCUCUAUCUGGACGGGAUUAGUUUCUCAGGGGGGCGUCUGUAAAAAUAUUUCACACUUUUAUUCAGUGAUAAAACUCCUGCAUCCGGACUGCAAUUGAAAAAACAAACAGGAGGACCAGUGAGUUGUCGCUGUUGUGUUUUUAACGCGGUUCUGCGUGGAAACCGUGGGGCGUUCAAAGUGUAAUUACGGUGCCCUACAGUGGACAAAUAGCUAUUUCAUUAAACACGAAGAGACGAAACUCAGAUGUGUGUCCGGACGGGACUAAAAUUACCGGAGGGGCACGGAGUUCAGAGAAAAACAGUAGAUAAUUCAGCCUGUAAUUUUUUAUCUUAGAACACGUACAUGAUCGUUCUGGAUGGGAAUAAAAUCACAGAGGAUAAAACCCCCCCAUAAAAGACAUAGAAUAUUAACUAAUCCCAUCCGGAUAAUGCUAAAAACUCGAAAAACCAAAAGAUCUAAAGAAAAAGGUGGAUUGGUGACCCAUGCCUAAAAAGUAAAAAAAAUAAAGAAAUAAAAAUGUUCAGACCUGUGUAUGUUUCAGCUUUGGGCCGAAGCCUCGCUUUACAUCCAGCCUCACUUUAAACUUUAUUUUCCCUUUUAUUUUUAGUGCACUUAACUUUGAUACAGCAUUCAUACCAGUGUAGUGAAUGUUUAUACAGAGAUAUGGUGUAUAGAUUUGGGGUGAUAUUACAAAACACUGUAGUUUCUUUAUUUUUGAUAAAGGGACAGGGCUUUUUUAUUUUAUAUGAUUUGAUUUAUUAUUAUAUUAAAACAGACCGAAGUUGAGGAGGAUGAUUAAGGUGAUCCAUCUACUAAACGUGGUUCAAUUCAAAUGGACUUCACUGUAAAACAUGUUUAUUACAGUUGUACUAUACUUUUUCAUUAAAAAAAGAAAAUGAACCCAA